CCGGAACUAGAUGGACAGUACCACCAGAAUCGUUUCAUCUAGACAACCGACAGCAAGUUAGACUUAAGAAGCCGAUCUAUGUUAAGUUUACUUUUAGUUCCAAUGAUUUCCCAAUUCAAAUAAGCAAGGUUGUGCCCGCCAAGAAUUCUGUGCGAAUUCUUGGCAUGCGCAGGGUAAGAAGAAGACUUUGGUGACGGCCAGUGAAUGGCAGGGAGUGAACAGUCGCCAACGGAGGUUUUUUUUUAUACAUACAAUACAUAUUUCGGCUGAUAAGAACAGGCUGGCCCGCUUAUCAGCAAUGCACAACAAGGAGUACACACGGACGGGCGAGAUGUGAGAAGCGAAAGCGGACGAAAAUAGAAACAAACGGCGAUAAAUUUACAGCGAAGGCAAAUUUUCGUACAUAAGCGAUGUGCCGAAGAGGAACAGAGUAAUAAUCAAUCAGUUAAUCUGCCAAACAGCCGGAGAGUGGACGUGAAAAUGAUCAGCGGGAGCGGAUACCGCGAUAGUGAGCAGUGAUCGUAACUCCGGAUAGUGCUAAACAUUAACCUCAACACUUAGUUAUUUUAUUUUUUGUUCAAAAGCCGACAGAAGCAGCCAAUAGAACAACGAGCCGUUGAUUCUUCUCAUUCAGUAACUUGUAGAGCGUAGAUUUUGUAGCGGUUGAACUCGGCUAAACGAUUUUCCCAAAGAAUACGAAAUAAAUUUAAAUCGCUAAAUAAAUACACUAAAUGUGAGUUGUUCGUAUUGACCAGUGCCCAGCAUGUUGAAAUCGAAGCAGUUGCUCCAACAGUUUUCCAAAGAGUACGCCAAGUUCACGCCGAACAACUUUAAGCUAAAGCGAGCCCUGGUGGUCACCAAGUUGUCUCGCUAUGAGUUCGAGCAGCUUCGUCAUCCGGAACUGUCGCCGGAUCAGUUGCAGCAAAAGCUCCGUGAUCGGGGAACCGACGUGGAGAUGGUCCUCUAUCUGCACAAGGUGCACAAGGAUUUUGAGCGCCGGGUAGUGCAGAGUUUCCAGGACGUGGGCUGCGAGGUAAAGUUGUCUAGCAGACUUGAAUUUAGAAGCUCGUUGAGCAAGGACGUAAUGAGCUGGGCGGACGUCAUCGUGCCGGUAGGCGGCGAUGGUACCUUCCUGCUCUCCGCUGGACGCGCCAGUCCGCUCUUCGCGCUCAGCCAGCAGAAGACGCCGAUCGUGGGCUUCAAUUCGGAUCCACUGCACUCGGAGGGUCGACUUAUGCUGCCCAAGCACUACUCGGACAAUCCCGCCGAUGCCGUUUCCCGCAUCAAGAGCGGCGACUUCAAGUGGAUGCAUCGCUCGAGGGUGCGGACGACGAUGCUGGGCAGUAACGGAAAGAUCCCGGAGUCAACGGACCUCUUCCGGCACACAGAGGUUAAGAUGGAGCAGGUCACGACUGCACCCGAAAUGCUGGACCAGGACAUGGCUUACAAGUAUAAGGCCAAAAUGAAACGCAUCCUUCCGUACUUGGCUCUGAACGAGGUAUUUAUAGGCGAACACCUCUCAGCCCGAGUGUCCCACUUGCAGCUGGUGCUGGACCACCAGGACGUGGUUAACAAAACAAAAUGCUCCGGACUGUGUGUCAGCACGGGCACGGGCUCAACCUCCUGGCACACCAGCAUCAAUCGGAUCACCAGCCGGGAUGUGGACGACCUGUUGUGCUCCCUGCCCAACAGCAGUUCGGAGGACGUGAAGUUGAUGCGCCGGAACGCGGAGGAGAUUGCCCAGCGUUACAACCAAGGGCUGCUAUUCGCGCCGGACGAUCCGCGUCUCUGCUAUUCGAUCCGUGAGCAAAUCUGUGUGGGCGUGUGGCCCUCGCCAAAGACUUUCAAGGAGCGCGACUUUGUGCAGACAGUGUUUGUCAAGUCGCAUUGCAUCGAUGCCAACCUCGUUAUAGAUGGCAGCAUUUCCUUCCCCUUUAACGAUGGCGCCAAGGCAUUGCUGGAGGUCCAUCCGGAGGAUGCCCUUCUGACAAUAGCUUUAGACUGAAUCCAGCGAUGCGUCCCAAGUGCCUGGUUAUCUAGCCUUAGCAUGUCUGAAUUUUUGAAAUUAUUUAAGUAUGCAUUUUGCAACUACUUAGCAGUGUAAGCUCAAAAGUUAUUUUGUUACUACAUAUACAUAUAUUUAAACAUCA